ACUGAAAACAGUAGUCACCACUGCUGUCACACAAUCCUCUCCAGCACCACUUCACAGCAGAGCCCGCCAUCAUGACUCACUUCUACUGCUGUAACUCCCUGACUUCAACAGCUCACAUCACACAAAUGCUAUUUUCCUGGCCCAACUCAUCCACAACACACACACUGUUGUCCACAGAGUACACAUGGAGCAUCUUACACUGACUCCAGCUGGAAGAACUAAGUGACAUCACUGCCCAGUCUUCUGAUGCAUCUGUCACCGAAGCCACGCCGACAGAGAUUCCAUUCACAUAUCUUACACUCAGGACCUCCUCCGGUCAUUUGCUGCAAUUACAAAUGUGCCUGACACCCUGCCGCACUCCCCACCAGCCACUGCCCUGCUGACACACAUGCCCACAGCAUCAGGGACGGACACACACACUAAGUACCUCAACAAUGCCUUCGCUGUGCUGCCCUGUGUUGUACGAUUGUGGCCCCGUCCGCCUCGCACUUCACACCAACAUCAAACAUGAGCCCAUACCACGGCUCACAAUGACACUGCUUCACAUUCCCUGCAGGUCUGGAUGAUGACACAUCCAGACUGGCUGCUACCACUGGAAACCACCUCAACACCAGCUUUUCUUCCCUAGCUCAAGAACAGUGGGAGUUUUGGCACAGCAUCUUCAAACGACACAACAGUCUGCCAACACUGCUCUACACAGUUCCUUUCACACCUUAACAUUCUGCCACCAUUUCCACUACAUUUGCCUCAAUACAGCCCUUUUUUAUUUAUUGACUGACCAAUUGCACAGCCUACACACACUGAUCCCAUCCAGUACUUUAUUUCUUUGGUUUGUCUUUAGUUCGGCUCACACCUCGACCACUCACAGAACACAUGCAUUUCAUCUCCUUCACUCAAAAUCACACAGGUCUCUCUGUACUUGUCCAGCUGACCGACACCUGAUUCAUUGUUCACCUGCUGCCUUCCUCCCCCCUUACAUAUCUCGCUGUCUUCUACAGUUGGUUUUUUCAUCCAUUUGCACUCUCACAUACUAAGCGUUCAGUCUACAACUGCAGUACGUCAAAUAACAAACUCCCCGACAUUACAAUUACAGUGUCACAUUAUAAUGUGCCAGAAACACUUGUGGUUUUCAACUGAAUAAAGUCAUACCUUUAGGCCACAUGCUUCUACUUCAUAUUUCGCAUCAGCAUCACUUCAUCAUGUAAGUGUUGGGACAUUGACCACCUUUUUGCUACGACAAAACACACAGACUUUGCCCUAAUUCCUAGUUUCAAUGCACAGUUCCAGCAUUAUUUCAGCUUCGCUUUUCCUACUUCACACAUUCAACUUUUCUCCCCAGAGUAACACUUCAUCACAAACAUUUAUGACUUUCUCUCUCUAACACGUAACACAUUUUGUCUUGACAUACCACGCCUUCAUUCCAACACAUUUCAGACUCUACUCACUCCACUGCUGCUACACAUUUCCCCUCUCACAUAAACAUGCCUUCAACUUCAAAUUACAACUUUAAGUCUUGUACCACUUACACCUAAUCUAUUUUUAUUUUAUUUAUACUUUCCCAAUUUCACUCACAUGAACCCACAACUCUUUUCUCUUUCUCCUGCUGCCUUCUCACUGCCCCAUCACAUAUACUUCGUCAUCAACAUUCCAGCUUACCAACGUCUUCGGCAGCAACUUUCUCUUACCUCAAAUCCACCUUCCUCUCACUCUGUGGGUGAAUUUCUCCUUUUGAACAGAGGGGUCGCUUUGGAGCAGCCGCAUCCUCAUCGGCGGCAGCACAGACAACACACGGCGGAAGCUCUCCGCUCUCUCACUCUCUCUCACUCACUCUCUGUCCCACUCUCUCUCACUUUACUCAGUGAACGGUGCGGGACAGUGCAGACCGGCAGGGUCAGCAGAACCUUCAUCAACUGCGGACUCCUGGAGGACACGUCUGGACCACUACAUCAUGAUGCUACUGCCGUCGCUGCCGGGAGGACACUUUUCUGUCCAUGCACAUGUCUGCGCUGCUCUCCUGCUCCUCUCUUGUCUCCUGCAGCCUUCUGCGGUUCUCGCCUUUAACUUGGACACCGGUCAUGUGCUCAAAAAGAGCGGAGAACCGGGCUCUCUCUUCGGCUUCUCUCUGGCCCUGCACCGGCAGCUCCACCCGGACCACAGAAUGCUUCUUAUUGGGGCCCCUAGAGCCAGGGCCCUGGGACAACAGACAGCCAACAUCACUGGAGGACUGUACAAAUGUGACAUCACUUCGUCCAAUGAGUGCGAGCGCAUUAACUUUGAUGUAGAAGAGGAUGUACGUUAUGAGAACAAGGAGGAUCAGUGGAUGGGAGUGACAGUUCAGAGUCAGGGACCUGGAGGAAAGAUCGUGACCUGUGCCCAUCGCUACCAGAGGCGUCUGUUUGUCAACACCCCCCAGGAGUCUCGCGACAUCACCGGCCGCUGCUACGUCCUGAGUCAGGACCUGACCAUUGACCUGUCCUCUGACGAGGACGGGGGCAACUGGAACUUCUGUGAGGGCCGGGCCCGAGGUCAUGAGAUGUUUGGAUCGUGUCAGCAGGGUCUGGCUGCUACCUUCACCAAAGACUACCACUACGUGGUGUUUGGAGCUCCAGGAGCUUACAACUGGAAAGGCGUCGUGAGGGUGGAGCAGAAGAACAACACUCUACUGGACUUGGGAGUGUACGACGACGGCCCUUACGAAGUUGGAGAUGAGAACCUGCUUAACCCUGAGCUGGUCCCUGUACCUGCCAACAGUUACCUGGGCUUCUCCCUCGACUCAGGACACAGCAUCACCAGAGCUCGAGGCCUGACCGUAGUAGCUGGAGCUCCCAGAGCCAAUCACAGUGGAGCUGUGGUCCUGCUGAGAAAAGAGAGCGAGGCCUCCACCCGACUGUCUGUGGAACACACGCUGCAGGGACAAGGCCUGGGCUCGUCUUUUGGAUAUGACGUGGCCGUAGUUGACUUGAAUGCUGACGGAUGGCAAGAUGUAGUGGUGGGCGCCCCUCAGUUCUACAUGAAGGACAGUGACGUCGGCGGCGCCGUCUACGUCUACAUCAACCAGGCAGGACGUUGGGAGGACGUCACUCCUGUGCGUCUGGACGGAGCCAGAGACUCCAUGUUUGGACUGGCAGUGGAGAACAUUGGAGACGUCAAUCAAGACGCAUACAAAGACAUUGCUGUGGGGGCUCCAUAUGAAGACGGUGGUGCAGGAAAAGUCUACAUUUACCACGGCUCGGCACAAGGAAUCAAAACUACCCCUGCUCAGAUCUUAUCAGGACAAGACCACAAGCUGCAAUUAUUUGGUUACUCCCUGGCAGGAAACAUGGACCUGGACCUGAACUCCUACCCUGACCUAGCUGUGGGUUCACUCUCCGACACAGCACUCAUUUACAGAGCGCGGCCGGUCAUUAGCAUCAGGAGAGAUGUCAAAAUAUCUCCACAGGAAAUUGACCUCACCAUUAAAAACUGUGGAAACAGUAUUUGUGUCACCGUGGACGCCUGCUUCGACUACACAGCAAACACUAAAUCUUACAGUUCCAGACUGACGAUCAGCUAUUCCAUCGAGGCUGAUGGGGAUCGCAGGAAGCAGGGGCUGCCCCCUAGAGUUAUGUUCAUGAACAAAUCCACCAGUGACACAGAUUACCUGUUCACCGGGACCAUGGAGCUCCGCGGACAAAAGCAGGAAACGUGCAUCAAGAUAGAAGCCAAACUUAAGGAAAACAUCAAGGACAAAAUGCACAGCAUUCCUGUGGAGGUGUCUGCACACAUUGUGAGCACAAAACGUCAAAAGACGAAGAACGGCCUCCCUCAGCUGACACCCAUACUGGACUCUUCACAGCCCGACAAAGACGUGGUUGAGGUCAACUUUGUGAAAGAAGGCUGUGGCAGUGACCACAUAUGUCGCAGUAACCUGAAGAUGCAGUACAAGUUGCACUACAAACAGAACACCAGGCACUCGCCACUGCCCAUUAAAAACAACCUCCCGGUGUUUCACCUCAACUACGAGAGGAAGGACUUGGCGCUGAGAGUGACCGUCAGCAACGCGAACGGAGACGAUGCUUACGAAGCAAAGCUGCUGGCCACGUUCCCAGACACUGUGUCCUACUCAGGAGUGCGCUCUCAUCAGACAGUGCCAAUCAUCUGCGUUGCCAAUCAGAACGGAUCCCAAGCAGACUGCGAGCUGGGAAAUCCUUUCAAGAGGGAUUCAGAGGUACUGUCUCUUACCCGAGCUACAUGUACCACAAACAUGCUCUCACUCCAAGGUGUUCAGCUGUUCAUUUUUCCCCCCUCCCCUAUUCUCUACAAGUCCACGUUUUACAUCAUCCUCAGCACUGUGGCCAUGAGUCUGGACACCACGGAGCUUGAAUUCGACCUGCAGCUCCAAACGACCAGCGUGCAAACCAUAGACCAGGUCAGAGUAAAGGCUCGUGUGACGAUUGAACUGCCGCUGACACUCAGUGGGGAGGCCAGUCCUAACCUGGUCUCUUUUGGUGGAGUUGUCAAAGGAGAAAGUGCCAUGACCACAGAAGAAGAGAUUGGAGGCUUAAUCAACUACGCCUUCAGAGUCAACAACUUGUGGAAAACUCUGAAGCCCUCCAUCAAACCCUCCCUGCACAUUCACUGGCCCAAAUUCAACAGAGACGGUAAAUGGCUGUUGUACCUGGUGAAGGUCACAGCUGCAGGAGAGGAGAACGUCCGCUGUUCUCCACAGUCUGAGAUCAGCUCUCUCAAACACAUCAAGGAGUCCACUGUGCCACGGACAAAACGGGAAAUUGAAAGAAAAGGGAAGAAAGUCGUUGGAAAACUGUCUUCUCCGUCAGACAAGGACAGGAUUCUGUCGUGUGAGAAUGGGAUGAAAUGUGUGGUGCUUAAGUGCCCUCUAAAGGGUCUAGAUGGUACUACAGUUGAGCUGCGGUCGCGUCUGUGGAACUCCACCUUCAUUGAGGACUACACCUCAGUGCCAACAUUACACAUUGUUGUGAAGGCAACACUCGUACUUCACGGACAGGCUGAGAACAUGAUCCUGACAACUCCUGACACCAAGGUCACAGUGGCAGUGUCUCCUGAAAGCACCGUAGCACAUUACGGUGGCGUCCCCUGGUGGAUCAUUCUGGUAGCUGUUCUGGCUGGAAUCCUGAUCCUGGCUCUGUUGGUAUUUCUGCUCUGGAAGUGUGGAUUCUUCAAACGCUCCAAACAGGACAGCAGCGUUCCUCAUUACCACGCUGCACAGAUAAAGAAAGACAAUCCAGAGUACAAAGACGGAAAGGUGGCGAUGGAAGCUCUGGAAAAGAAGCAGUGGAUGAAGUGGAUCGACAACGAAAGCUACUCCUGAGACAAAAUGUUUUAAAGUACAGCAACUGAUGAUAUAAACGAGGCACAAAAACACUGAACUGUGUCAGAAAUGACAAUCAAUGUCACUGAAGAAGCUGCUUUUAGCUUUGUACUGUCUUUACACUGUAAAAAUACAGGAGAGGAAGAAUAGAUUUUUUAACAGUCAGAAUCCUGGUUUUAAAGUGACAUUUAUAUAUAAAAUAAUAUUUUGAGUUAAAUAAUUUCCUUAAAUUUUUAAUUAGAAAUAUAACAAUUAAAAAUGAAGACAGCUGACUUUAAGCUGAGACCAAAAAUAAGAAAAAUAAUGUUAUGGAAAAAAGACUAAAGAUAAAACACUGACAUUCUUCCCCUCCUGUAUUAUUUGUAAUUUUUAAAAUGUGUUAAUAUUUUACUACCUACACACACACACUGUAUAUUUAUUUUUGAUAAUAAAAAAAUAUAAUGCAGCCAAAGACUUUUCUUUUACCUUGGUAUUUACAAAGGGGGAAUAUUUACUACUGCAUUUGUGAAUGUACUGUUGAUGUAAACUGUGAUGCCGAUUGUCUCCUGUCAGAUGAAUUCCAAAAUAAAGUAACCAAAAUGUCUAUGAAAAGACAUUUUCUGUAGGUACAAAACCAAAGUCUCACAACUGUGGCAUUCAGGGAACGUCCACUGUGUUCAGUUUAUCACUGAGUCGUGAAGUUUCUUUUUUUUAUUACAUGUUGUUCUAAAGGGAAGUCUGGUUUUAUAGAAAUGUUUUUAAGUCGUACUUUUUGGUUGAACUGUCAUACAAUAAAAUACUAUGAAUCUGUCUGUCGCUCUGUCUGUUCCUGCAAAAUCUAGGGAGGUUAGUGGGAAUGAUUUAUCUCGACUCAUCAUGAUUCAUCACGUUCAAAUGUGAUCGCAAUUAAUCAGGAUCAUUCCACAGCUCUGUGAUUAGUCAGAUUAAAAAUUGGUUGAUAUUUCUUUUUUCAAUAAAGGGUCUCUGGUUUCAAAAU